AUCUUAUUAGUAUGCUGUUGUGGUGGUCUCUUUAUCUCAGUUCUUGAAGAAGUUAAAGGCAUGUAUAAUGUGAAGAGAGCAUAUAGAAUGUUGUGCCUCAGGCUUGUCAGUUUCAAUAUGUUUAGGGUUAAAAGGCAUACCUUUUCAUUUUGGGAUCAGAUUGCCAAAGGAGGCUUAGGGGAGUUUGGUCUAUCAUUCUCAUAAAACUAGUUCUGCAUCUUUCGUUAGGCUGAGUAACAUUAUAUGACUCUGAGCUCUAGAUUCUGCUUUUAGGGAAAGGAACAAGGUAGGAUGAAUGAAUAAAUGUGGCAUCUUUAUGCUGAUGGUUUGUUAGAUUUGACUCGAGCUCUGUUUAGUAGGAUCUGUUCUUAAAACAGUUUUGUGUCAUAAGAGUGAUUUCAUAGUUAAUACUUAAUACUAACACUGAGGAUAGAGUGUGGUUAGCUAUUGUUUUCCUACUGGUCGUGUUCUCUUCUAAAAACCGAUGGUUUUGUUUUCUAGACGUUGGAAUUAUGCGGUUUUGGUAUUAACCCGAGUCAGGAGUAGUUUAGACAAGCCGUAUUCAGCCGAUCACUAAUUGAAUUAUGUGAAUGAAUCAAAUACGUCGAAAUUUACUAAUGUUAUAUGACAUCUGUGACCAAAUAUAUUCAAAAUCAUAUUUAUCUAAAUAUAGUAAUACUAAAAAUAUAUACAAGUGGAAGUCUAACAAAAAAAAAACAGAAUGUUGAGGUCUACUCCAAACAACGAAAUUAAAAUUAAAUCCUUUUUGAAUCAUGAACAAUUCACCAUGAAUCCACGGAUCAUACACGGAUUUCAAAUGAUUGAUAAUACACUACAGCAUGAUAUAACCCUUUAUUUUGUUAAACGCCAUCUCUCUCUUUUAAAAAGAGAAAAAAAAAUGUUCAAGUUGUCUCUUCUAUUUCUCAAACAACGUGGAUAUUAACUCACUUUGAAUAAAUCAUAUCUUAUACUUAUAAGAUAAUAUAAAACUCAAAAAGAUUGAACAAACAUUUUCAAACUGAUAAGCAUUUGAAUAAAAUUCUGUUUCUAUAACCUGAACUAGUGGAAAACUUUUGAAGAUGACGAUGAUGUUACGAGACAGUGUACAUUCCGUGUGUAUAUAUCUAUCUAUAGAUAGACUUUAGUUUUUGUGUAUUCUUGAAGGAUAAGAAACCUAUUUUAAGACCAGUUCAACAGAAAGCUGGUGCAGACCACGAUCACAGUUGUAAUAAAUUUUCUAAAAUGGCAACCACUCCUUUUCUUUAAGAACCAGUCUUUCUUCCUUUCUCUUCCUCUAUAAACCCAUUUUUGUUCUCAUUCAUUUUCUCUUCAAAGCUUCUAUAACUAAUAAACCAUAUUAAAUAUGGAUCAAGCAGAGCUUUCCCGGAUAUUCCAAAUGUUCGACAGGAACGGUGACGGCAAAAUCACCAAGCAAGAGCUGAAUGAUUCAUUAGAGAACGUUGGAAUCUACAUGCCUGACAAAGAUUUGGUGCAGAUGAUUGAGAAGAUUGAUCUCAACGGCGAUGGGUACGUGGACAUCGAAGAGUUUGGAGGGUUGUACGAGACCAUCAUGGAGGAGAGAGACGAGGAGGAAGAUAUGAGAGAGGCUUUCAAUGUGUUUGAUCAGAACCGAGACGGGUUCAUCACGGUCGAGGAGCUGAAAUCUGUGUUAGCUUCCUUGGGGCUCAAGCAAGGCAGAACACUAGAGGAUUGUAAGAAGAUGAUAGGGAAAGUGGAUGCUGAUGGAGAUGGGAUGGUGAAUUAUAAAGAGUUUAAACAAAUGAUGAAAGGUGGUGGAUUUGCCGCCUUAGAAUCAAACUUGUAAACAAAGAAAGAAAAACCCAUUUUAGGGUUAGGGUUUGUGACUCAAUAUCAUUGUUUUUUCUUCAGAAUGAUUAGGGUAAAACCUUGAAAGAGAAAUAACAAACUGAUUUGCAAAGAAAAAAAAACUUUGUGUGAUUCGUUUUGAAUGCUUCUCUACAAAAUAUUGGUGAUGAAUUUGCAAUGAACCCUUAAAAGAUCAUGCCAUGCAAUUUGAGUCCUUAUUAUUUUUGGUUUUAAGUGUUUUAGUCAUUGUGCUGUGGAGUGUAGAGGAUGCAUUUUACAUACAUCGACUUCGUUUUUUGUGUGGUCUACUUCCUCACCACUUCCCUUCCUUUUCCCAUUCCUAACUUCAGUUUUAGUCUUUCAGAGAUCAUCACUUCCUCUCUCGCUUAUACUUUGAUUAAGGUCAAUGCAAUUGCUAUUCUCUUGCUACUUAAAUAAGGUUUAGAAAUGAAUAGUUUAGAGUUUCUCUUCUCAUUAGUCAAUUCUCAAGGACCUGCUAUCUUUCAAGCAUAUACUGCAUUUGAUAACCUUUAAAAAUCUUGGACCGCCAGAACCACAUCCAGAACCGGUUCUAAAAUUUAUGCAGAAUAAACAAUAUAGAGUAAAUUUUAAUAAUAAUUUGGAAGCCAUACACCCAUGUAUAUCAGCUCACUAAAAUUUGAAGGUCAAAGCUAAUGUUUCAC